AUGGUCAGUAACCUGUCCACGGUCAUGGAGGCAAGUGGCAAAGCUGAGCUACAGAUCCAGACAUCUGGCUCCGGAAUCCAUGUUCUUAACACGUAUACGCGGACGCACCGCGGCCCCCGGGGCAGCUGGGCGCCGCGGCUCGCGCCCUUCUGUUGCUUCUCGGCGGCACUGGGGAUGCUCUGGUCCCCAGCCUCCCAGGCGUUCAACUUGGAUGUGGACAAGCUCACGGUGUACAGCGGCCCCGAGGGCAGCUACUUCGGCUAUGCGGUGGACUUCCACAUACCUGCCGCUCGCACAGCGAGCGUCUUGGUGGGGGCGCCCAAAGCCAACACCAGCCAGCCAGACAUUGUGGAAGGGGGAGCCGUCUACCACUGCCCUUGGCCCGCCCAGGGGUCUGCGCAGUGCAGGCAGAUACCGUUUGACAGCACCAACAACAGGAAGAUCAGAGUAAAUGGAACCAAGGAGCCUAUAGAAUUUAAAUCGAAUCAGUGGUUUGGAGCAACAGUGAAAGCUCACAAAGGGAAAGUGGUGGCCUGUGCUCCUUUAUAUCACUGGAGGACUCUUAAACCAACCCCAGAAAAGGACCCAGUUGGCACCUGCUACGUAGCAAUUCAGAAUUUCAGUGCCUAUGCUGAGUACUCGCCUUGUCGGAACAGCAAUGCUGAUCCUGAAGGCCAGGGUUACUGCCAAGCAGGAUUUAGUCUGGAUUUUUAUAAGAAUGGAGACCUUAUAGUAGGAGGACCUGGAAGUUUUUAUUGGCAAGGUCAGGUGAUCACUGCCAGUAUUGCAGAUAUCAUUGCAAAUUACUCGUUCAAGGAUAUCCUAAGGAAAUUGGCUCAUGAAAAACAGACAGAAGUGGCUCCAGCUUCCUACGAUGAUAGUUACCUGGGAUAUUCAGUUGCUGCUGGGGAAUUUACUGGGGACUCUCAGCAAGAAUUGGUUGCUGGAGUUCCAAGAGGAGCACAGAAUUUUGGAUAUGUUUCAAUCAUUAACUCUACAGAUAUGACCUUUAUUCAGAACUUCACUGGUGAACAGAUGGCAUCUUAUUUUGGAUAUACAGUUGCAGUAUCAGAUAUUAACAAUGAUGGGUUGGAUGACAUAUUGAUUGGGGCACCUCUCUUUAUGGAACGAGAAUUUGAGAGCAACCCUAGAGAAGUAGGGCAAGUUUACCUGUAUUUGCAAGAGAGCGAGCUUGUCUUCAGGGACCCACAGGUCCUCACAGGCACUGAGAUUUUCGGGAGAUUUGGUAGUGCUGUGGCACACUUAGGAGACCUGAACCAAGAUGGAUACAAUGGUAAUUUACACCAAUGCAUGGAUAUUACUCAAUGUGCCACAAUUUUAUGUUACUGUGACAUGAAAGAAACAACAGACUUCACAAUUGUGUGUGUGGUACCGCUCUUAUUUGGCUUUACUUUAAGAGGCGAUUCAGACAUAGACAAGAAUGAUUACCCAGAUUUAAUUGUGGGUGCGUUUGGAACAGGAAAAGUAGCUGUUUACAGAGCCAGGCCUGUUGUGACAGUGGAAGCCCAGCUCCUCCUGCACCCGGUGAUUAUCAAUCUGGAAAAUAAAACCUGCCAGAUUCCAGAAUUUACAGCAUCUGUGGCCUGCUUUUCUUUAAGAGCGUGUGCGUCUGUGGCAGGCCAGAGUAUUUCAGACUCAAUAGGCCUGACUGUUGAGGUGCAGUUGGAUUCCCUGAAACAAAAAGGCGCCAUUAAACGCACGCUCUUCCUUGAUAACCAUCAGUCACAUCUCGUGUUCCCUCUCGUGAUAAAGGGCCAGAAAUCUCUCCAGUGUCAGGAUUUUAUUGUUUACCUUCGAGAUGAAACUGAAUUCCGAGAUAAGCUAUCUCCAAUCAACAUUAGUUUGAAUUACAGUUUGGAUGAAUCCACCUUUAAAGAAGGUCUGGAAGUGAAACCCAUAUUGAACCACUACAGGGAAAAUGUUGUCACCGAGCAGGCUCACAUCCUGGUAGACUGUGGAGAAGAUAAUACGUGCAUUCCUGACUUGAAGCUGUCAGCUAGACCUGAUAAGGACCAGGUCAUCAUUGGAGAUGAAAAUCACCUUAUGCUCACAAUCAAUGCGAGAAACGAAGGGGAAGGGGCUUAUGAAGCUGAGCUCUUUGUGAUCAUUCCAGAAGAGGCCGAUUAUGUUGGGAUUGAACGCAGCAACAAGGGAUCACGACCUCUAAGCUGUGAAUACAAGAUGGAGAAUGUAACCCGAAUGGUGGUGUGUGACCUUGGGAACCCUAUGGUGGCCGGAACAAAUUCUUCUCUGGGCCUCCGAUUUGCAGUUCCACGCCUUGAGAAAACAAACAUGAGCAUUAGCUUCGAUCUCCAAAUCAGAAGUUCCAACAAGGACAACCCAGACAGCAAUUUUGUGAGUCUGCAGAUCAACAUCACUGCUGUAGCUCAAGUAGAAAUAAGAGGAGUAUCCCACCCUCCCCAGAUUGUUCUGCCCAUUCAUAACUGGGAGCCAGAAGAGGAGCCCCGGAAAGAGGAAGGCGUCGGACCGCUGGUGGAACAUAUUUAUGAGCUGCACAAUAUUGGACCAAGCACCAUCAGUGAUACCCUUCUGGAGGUGGGCUGGCCAUUCUCUGCCCGAGACGAAUUUCUCCUUUACAUUUUUCAUAUUCAAACUCUGGGACCUCUGCGAUGUCAAACAAAUCCUGGUAUCAACCCACGGGAUAUAAAGCCCGCUGCCCCCUGGGAGGACACCCCGGAGCUGAGUGCCUUCCUGCGGAACUCCACCAUCCCUCAUCUUGUCAGGAAGAGAGAUGUAGCUGUGCUGGAGCCUCACAGACAGAGCCCUGCAAAGAUACUGAAUUGCACCAAUAUUGAGUGCUUACAAAUCUCCUGUGCGGUGGGAAGGCUAGAAGGAGGAGAAAGCGCAGUCCUGAAAGUCAGAUCACGGUUAUGGGCCAAGACUUUCCUCCAGAGGAAAAACAAUCCGUAUUCUCUUGCAUCCCUGGUAUCCUUUGAAGUUAAGAAGAUGCCUUAUAAAGAUCAGCCAGCAAAACUCCCAGAAGGAAGCAUAGCAAUUAAAACAUCGGUCAUUUGGGCAACCCCAAAUGUUUCCUUCUCUAUCCCAUUAUGGGUAAUAAUACUAGCAAUACUUCUUGGAUUAUUGGUUCUGGCCAUUUUGACGUUGGCUUUAUGGAAGUGUGGAUUCUUUGACAGAGCAAGACCCCCUCAAGAUGAUAUGAAUGACAGGGAACGAUUGACCAAUGAGAAGACCCCUGAUGCAUGAAAAGGAAAACCAACGACAAAAAAAAGAAAGAAAGAAAGAAACAACUCAAACACUGGUCCAGUUCUAAGACAAGAAGAUUCAUGAGGGUUCACAAAAGGUUUUCCUGUACCUGCCAGUGUUCUAAGGAAUGGAAGGGCUGCGGAAGGUAUCACAUCUACACUGUGCUUUGUUUGAGAAGUUGCCACAGAUCCCAGUGAUCCUUUGGGGAAAGGAAGCAUCCUCAGCGCUGCAGAAGCAGUUAACAAUUGUGGAAGACGUCUUUUGCUUGAGUCACUUUGACAGACACUUGGAAAUGGGUAUGGGAACUGAGGUUGCUUUCCAGGUAAAUCCAACAGAAGUCUCGAAGAUGAAAUGUCUGAAUUAGGACAGAAUUUAGAAGGUGCUUGAGGACCGAACCUUUCAACACUACUGUAUCCAUCAGAAUAUUUGACACCUCCCUUUGGAAAAGAAAUAUUUCUAAUAAUGUUAUGGCUCAGGGAGACAACCUAUGCUGUUGGUACUGUGAAAGUUCUUUGGAAACAGCAAAGAUCGUCUUUGUAAGUGAGGGUAACGAUUUAUUUAUUUAUUUUCCAUGGCUCUAGGCUGAUACUCUAGAGGAUUUGGGAAUUAAGAUUUGGUUCACUUGUUUUCAAAAAUCACUCACCAAAUUUCCUUCUGAGAUAACAGUUUUGUGCAGAAUACAUCACUCAACAGAGCUUCUUCAGGAUUUAGACAGCAUGAAGGAAAACAAAUUGGUAUUAAAAGGCUGUUUCACUUAAUACCUUGCUGCAUUCUGCCUGAAAUUACUUUUAUCCACACUUCCCAGGGACUCACAUCUGCUUAUUUAAAGCUUUACAAAAAUUUGCAUUUUAUUUCCUUUUACAAAAAAAAUUAGUAUUUCCAUUGAUUUAAUUAGCAAUGUAUAAAUUUCAAGGGACUCUCGAAUCUGAGUGGUAUUUAGUAGUAAUCAUAAAAUUUCUAGAGUCCAUUACUAAAAUAAUUAAUAAUAGGGGUAAGCAUAUUAUUUUUAAUAUCUAUAAGAAGCAACCCCAAUAUUUAUCUUGGGAUUAAAUAUCUGUAUUUUCUACUAUACCUCAAACUUAUACUCACAGAGAAGACAUGUUAAACACAAAUAGGAGGGAAUAUAAAGUUAGGCAGAUGUGAGAUGAACCUAGAAAAUAGAUUCCUAAGGAUUUUGUUUAGAAUUGCCUAUUCCAACUUUACUACUCAUUUACACUGCUAAUUUUUAUAGUAUACAACUUUGGAAAAUAAUUUUUACUUAAGCUAUUUUUCUAUCUUGAAUUUAGCCAUCACGGAAACUUGAUGUUUAAAACUCUUGUAAAUAAUCCAUCAUUGUGUGUGCCAUUAUGGUUUUUAAGUUAAAUUGAGCAGCCAAAUUUAUAUAGUCUGCACAAUUUUGUAUCCUUUUAAUGAUCAUGAAAAAUUAUUAAUGAAGAAAUGCUGAACAAAUUUUAUAUUUAUGUGCAAUAUUUUAUAGACCUAUGUAGCAAAAGCAUGUUUACACUGGCAUUAGUUUUUUUAAAUUAAUAUCUGAGUAUUAAGUAUGAUAGAACAAGCAGACCAAAAUCCUUAAGUUUUACAAAGCAGUUGGAAAAUUUAUAUCCCUAUUUAACAAUCUCACUUGAUUUGAAAGAUGAGCCAAACUCCCAGGCACUAAAUUUUCGGUCAUGCCUUAACCUGGAGAGAAGCCAUUUGGCUACAGCUGCAGAACUUCUUUGGAGACAAAUGAAAGGCACAUGGACAAAUACACUGAACAGCUCAUAUUCUGCCUGCUUGUGAAUUAAAUCCUGUCAUGGUAGCGGUUUUGAGGCUGUUGGGAACAGAAGUCUGGCUCCCAGUGUGUGUGGCUGACUGUGGGUGAGAACUGUAUGUGUUUCAAAGAGUUUGAGUGUCCCAUACCAGCCUCUGGGAGCCUUUGAUGUUAACUGUCUGGGUAGAAUUGGUUUUACAGGGAGGUGGCCGUCUCUAUCAUAUAAUUAGAGGGAUGUUUCUCCAAUCGUAUCGUACAGAUGGGUCUCCCUGCCACCCAGUAAUGCCCCAGCUCUUGUCAUCAUGCCUGACUUUUGGCCAAGAGAGGAUGGCUCCUCAAGAUUUUCAGUCAUAAGACAUCCCUGAGAAAAUGCACCUGUUGCCUUUUAAGCUAAGCUUUGUGAAGGGACACAGAACUCUUAGGGCUUGGACCACAUAAGCCAGGUCGUUCAGACACCUGGAGGAAACUCAAGAUGCCAGAGGCAAAACUGAGAUCCAGAAUAGCGCAAGGUGUGAGGGCUUCAAAGGCAAACAGCACCAUCUUCACGGUCUCAGCCAAAAGGAGUACCCUCUAGAGGGGUGGGUACUGCUGCCUACAGGCAUUUCCCACAGGGCCAUCAGCGCACACUGUGGCCCUCUCUACCACUUCGGGUGUGGAGCCAAAUGGAGGGAGGGAGUCACAACUGAGGUCAGGUGAACCCUCCAGCCCUCAGUUCUUGAGUUCUCCCUCCAUGUGGAGGAUGUUCUAACAAAGCACUGAGUGAAUCUGCUUCUCAUCAUAUAAAGCCAGUCACUUUUGUAAUUCACCACGUGCUGUGCCUCUCUUGGAAUCUAUCUGUAUUUCAAAUAUGCCUUUUGAAAUUCCUGCAGCUGGUUUUUCAGACGUGGAAAAACAUCAAGUUUUAUAAACUUGGAGAUUUUUUACAAAAUAAACAACAUGGGCUAAUGGCCACUGAAGCCCCAAUGAUUUGAACUCUCUUCUUCUUUUAUUUAAAUACAUGUUUAGAUGUGUGUGAAGGAUUUCAUGUACCUAUUUACCUUGUCACUAAUAAAAUUAAAAGUUAAAAGACAUGA